AUGAGAUUUGCCAAGAGGAGAGAAAAUUAUAGCGAUUUUAAUGACAGAGAACAAAUAGAAAAACUUCAAGUAUUAAGUACUAUAUCGUUGAUAAUAUCUCUCCUAGUUUUCGCUUGCCUCGUUUUUCUAAUAAUAAUACUCUGGCUCAACAAGAAAACAAAAUUUAACAUAUUUAAAUUGACGUCACAACUUAAAAGGCAAAAGAGAAAAGAAAAAGAAAUCGUCAUUGGUAAAAAAGAAAAUGGAGAAAUUUCGACGAUACGUAUACAAGAUGAUAAAUUACCAAACAUACACGAAUUGAACGAAGUCAUACACAAUCGUCCUAUGAGUCCGCAAAUUGAUUAUUCCACGUUGACGACAACAUUUAAAAAUUAUCACGCAAGGUCCGAACCUGACAGUUCGUCAUCCGUUUGUACGAACAAAUCAACGAAACCCAUAACACAACCCCUGGGUGUGAGAUUACCUUCGGAAGACUCGACGUUGGAUUUUAUGUACGAUAAUCCGGGUCUUGCCCCAUCACCGACCAUGGAAAAAGACGUUGUUAAAAAUAAGUCGGACAAUGAUAAAACUCUAAAGAAGAAUUUAAACGAUACUUAA